CAAUAUUUAAUAACAGUCAACUAUUAAUAAAUUUGUAAAAGUUGAGUUUAUAAAAUAAUCCAAAGUUAGUUCUCAUUCUCAAAGAUUGCAAACUUAAAUCACAAUCUUGUGAGUGGAAAAUGAUCACCAAAACCACAAAUCAGGUCAACAAAACCUCAAAAACCAACAGCUCCACUUCAAAACUUGUAUAAAUUAGUGAUCCCUUCAUAACAAGUCUUCAGACAAAAACAAACUUUCUAAUUGUUUCAGAAAAAAGAAGCUUAGAAAUUACCCCAAGAUGGCAAGGCAACUGCAAAUCAUACAUUCUUCACAAGGCACAGCCCAGGUUGGCAUGGCUGGUGUGAGCCUUCUCCUCUGUGCUUUUGCAUUGUUCAUGUGUGCUUCCCAUGCCCGAAAAUGGCGUCGCCGUUGGAAUGCUUGCUUGGAUUAUGGAUAUGAGUUUGAGGAUCCUGUCAUAGAGUUGAACCAAGAAGCAACAGUUGUGACUACGCAACGAGUGAAUACCACCGAGCCGGAGAAUGGCAAUGAUGAGAUGUUCUUCAGUAGAGAGCAACAAGCUUCUAUGUGGCACAAGAACAUUCUCAUGGGUGGGAAAUGCCAGCUACCGGACUUCUCAGGAGUCAUAUUAUACGACCCCAAUGGAAAUGCUGUAACCCCUGCCAAAACUCCGCGUCCUUUACUAACCUGGAAGUGAAGAGAUCUAUUCAAAAUCACAAGGCAAAAAGCCAAGGAUAAGUUAUGCAGCUUGAAAUUUAUCUUUUUCAUUUGUUUUCCUGUCAUCUCCAAGAGCUUAUCACUGUAUGCAGAUUUGUAUCUUUCAACCCCCUGGAUUGUAUGCAGACUUGAAAUGAAAAUGAUAAUUGUAUCACCAACCCAUGAAAACAGCUGUUCAUUUGACAUAAUCUUAAGAAAGAACCGGCUGAUGAUUGUAAACGUA